AUGUCUAAUCUCCAUGACUCCAGCCUCAACGUUGUAGGCGAUCUGAAAGCAGAACUGGAGCCCUUCUCCUCCAGGCAGCGCCCUGGCCUAGCCUGGGAGCAGCGCCCGCCACUGCUGACCCGGGCCCAGCCCUCCAGGCUGGGGAACAUGAAGCCGGCCCUGACCCCUGUGCUGCUGCUGCUGCUGCUGCUGAGGUUUGGGACACAAGGAGCCAAGGUUCAGAGAACUUGUGGGCGCCCAAGGAUGCUCAACCGGAUGGUGGGAGGGCAGGACGCAUUGGCAGGCGAGUGGCCCUGGCAGGUCAGCAUCCAGCGCAAUGGAAGCCACUUCUGUGGGGGAAGUCUCAUCACAAGUCGAUGGGUCCUCACCGCAGCGCACUGCUUCUCCAACACCUCAGAAACUUCCCUGUAUGGAGUCCUGCUGGGGGCACGGCAGCUGCUGCAGCCGGGACCUCACGCGGUGUACACCCGUGUGAAGCGGGUGGAGAGCAACCCCCGGUACCAAGGCAUGGCCUCCAGCGCCGAUGUGGCCCUGGUGGAGCUGCAGACACCCGUGACCUUCACCAACCACAUCCUCCCUGUGUGUGUGCCUGACCCCUCGGUCAUCUUUGAGUCGGGCAUGAACUGCUGGGUCACCGGCUGGGGUAGUCCCAGCGAACAAGACCGCCUGCCCAACCCGCGGAUCCUGCAGAAACUCGCUGUGCCCAUCAUCGACACGCCCAAGUGCAACCUGCUGUACAGCAAAGACGCCGAGGCCGACCUCCAGCUCAAGACCAUCAAGGACGACAUGCUCUGCGCAGGCUACGCGGAGGGCAAGAAAGACGCCUGCAAGGGUGACUCGGGGGGCCCCUUAGUGUGCCUUGUGGACCAGUCAUGGGUACAGGCCGGGGUGAUCAGCUGGGGAGAGGGCUGUGCCCGCCGGAACCGCCCAGGUGUCUACAUCCAGGUCACUUCCCACUACGACUGGAUCCACCGAAUCAUCCCAGAACUGCAGUUCCAGGGCAGAGCCAGUGGCCAACAGCAGCGAAUGGGGGGGAACUCCGCACCCUGCCUGGCCGCCCAUGGGGUCAUGCUGGCCCUUGUAGCACUGCUCACUGUCCUCUGAGCCCACCAGGGUGGAGCCCGACCAGUGUACAUUUGUAAAUACCUCUCCA